AAUCUUUUCUCGACAGAGGGCGUGUUGGUGUUUUCAAAAUGGUGGCUGUUAGUGUAUUAUUGUUUGGAAUUGUCAAUUUUUUUCUUCGGUUUUCUGUUUUAUCAGCUGAUAGAACAAGCCGAAAGAUUUACGAAACUAUUCAAGCUAAUCAUUUUUGUUUUCGUAGAUUAAAUGCUACUCAUCAAAUAGGAUGCUCAUCUGGAAGAAGUGGAAAUGUAGGAGUUGUACAUUUGGUUGAAGAAAUUGAGGAUGUAGAAUGGAUUACCAAAACAGGACCAUAUCCUCCAUAUGUAGCAGUUCUUUCUAUGCCUUUUUUCAAUAUGGCUAAUAUGACUAAUUUUCAAUCAUCAAAGAGAGUCUCAGGAGUAAUGAUAUUAAAACCAGAAGAUGAAGAAAUACCUUCUGAAUUUUCAACUGAUCGUUCUUGCCCAAAUGAAUAUUUUGGAUUAUAUUAUGAUGAUCCAAGUUAUGCUGGAUGUAAGAAAGUAACAUGGAAUCUACCUAAUCCAGUACAGGAUAUUAUGUAUAAAGAUUGGAAUAUACCAAUAUUUCUCAUAACUAAGAAUAAUAGCAUAAGUAAAAUUAAAAAUGAUUGCUUUAAUAAUUUCAACAAAGCUAAAAACGGUGUUGUACGCACAUGGCCAUUAUGUUCAGCUCAAUUGAAAUCUGUAAUGCUUGCUGCUAAGGAUACACCAACUUGUAUGAGACGUAGUAGUAUAAUUACUAAUCUUAAUCCAGCAAAAUUAUGUGAUCCAUUGGGAAGUUACAAUAUUCAUACUAUGCUUUUUCCUGAAUCAUCAAAUAUUACUAAUCGUUCACUUAUUAUAGUUGGAGCAAGAUUAGAUGCUUUUUCUCUGUUUGACAAUUUGGCACCAGGCGGACAUACAGCAGUAACUGGCUUAGUUACACUUAUUUCAAUUGCUCACACACUAACAAAAUUAAAAGAAUAUCUGAAAUCAGAGAAUCUUGAUAAAAAUAUUUUAUUUACAAUAUUUAAUGGGGAAGCAUUUGAUUAUAUUGGAUCAAGUAGAAUGGUUUAUGAUAUGCAAAAAGGAGAUUUUCCACCAAAAAGUAAAAAUCAAAUUUCAUUUUCUCUGGAGCACAUUUCACAUUUCAUAGAAAUCAGUCAGUUAUCUUCUUCAAGUGAAGUUUGGUUGCAUACUGAUCCAAUUUCAACUGGGAAAUCUGAAGAAGUCAAUUCAACAGUGAAUGAUUUAAUUAAAGAAUUGAAAAAUCAAGCAAAAUUAAUACAUAAGGAUUUAACUAUGGAAGAAGCCAGAAAAGAUAAUCCAGUUCCUCCUGCUUCUAUGCAGAGUUUUCUUAAACAUGAUAAAGAAAUUGCAGGCAUUUUGAUUUCUGAUCAUUCUGAGGAAUUUAUUAAUAAGUAUUACAACAGUUUAUAUGACAAUGCUGAAACUUUAGGAAUUACAAGUGACAAAGAAAAACUAGCUACUCAGUUAGCUAGUGUAGCUGCAGUUUUAUCUAAGACAUUAUAUAAAAUGCUGUCAAAAAAGGAAUACACUGAAGAUGUCAUUGAUGUUUCAUUGGUUUCUGAAUUAUUAGAAUGUUACAUGGUAAAUGCAUCUUGUAAGCUAUUUCAAGAAAUAAAUGAUCCUGAUAAGAAAGGGAAAUUAAGAGAAGAGCCAUAUACUUUGUAUGUUGGAGUUGGUCCUUCUGUACAACAAAGCCCAGCCAUGAUAUUUACAAAAUAUUUAUUUUCUUAUCUUACUGGUGCAAUUAUGGAAAAUGCAAGUCAAGAAAUUUGCAAAAAUGAUAAAAGCAAUGAGGAAUAUGAUUACAGAUGGAUGGCUGGUCCUAAUUUAACUGGGGUGUGUGUAAGAUCUACUGUCUUUCAGACUCAAGCAUUAUCACCUGCUUUUGUGUUAAAAGAUUGGAAUUCGAAAGAAUAUUCUACUUGGACCGAAAGCGUAUGGGAAGAGGCAUCUGUCUUGAUAUUUUUACAGCCCAGUCGUGCAAAAGAAGCAGCAACUUUAGUAGCUGGAUGCAUUAUUUCUGUCCUCUCCUUCAUUAUAGUCUACUUCGCCAACAAGAGGGCUUCCAUUCUAUUCGGGGCACGAAAUUUAGUCAGCUGCUAGGAAUACGCCACAAAUCAUAUCGCUUUGUCUGAUCUAGGCCACAGAAACACCUCCGUAACACCUAUACCCGUCAGUCUAUAACCGUUUCGUUCUGUCGAACAACUUAAUUCUACGUUUUCAAGCAUUUUAUACUACAACUUUUUAACGUUAAAAUUUCUAAGAAGGGCUCUCUUUCAGUAGUUAUCAUUUAAAAACUAUUCCAUCUUAAACGGUUUAUAGCCACGUUAAAAUUCAGUCAGUUUACGAUAGGACCAGCGAAUAUCUCGAACUUCUGUUGCCUGGAUCGGUCGAAGCUUUGUGAUUUGUGGUAGACAUUAUAAGAACGUGUACAGAUGUCUAAUUGUCCAAAAUUUGACAUUAUAUACGUAGGGAUUUCUCAGCCACGUCUAGUCACAAAAAAAAGCCUAAUUACGGAUUUGAAUAUUCUACAUCUCGAAAUAUCGAUACGUUCGUCGGUAUUCCGAAAUGUGAGAGAAGAAUGUAAGUAAAAAAAAAAAAUUUAAAAAGCAGAUAAAACUAAACCCUCGAUCAGCAACUUGAUCGUCGAGUCUAGAAUGGCACGAAAUAUAUGUAUAUAUUAAUAACAGUUAUUUAUUAAUUCAUUUCCGGAAAUUAAAUCGGAGUGGGUCUUCGACCCGAAUGUGUAUAAAAAUUUCUUAUCACGCAUCAUAAAAUCGAAUUAGAUAAUAUUGGAAUGCCGUAAAAAAACUGUUAAGGCGCGAUAACUUGUAAUAUUCUUUUAAAUAUAUGGAAUGCACCUUUUAAAAUAAAAAAAAAUAAUAGUAA